AUGGAGAGGUUUCUUCCCUUCAGCGGGCCAGCCGGCAAGCUCACCGUUCUUUCCAUGCUAGCCCUUCUCAACAUCCUGUCGGCGCCGCUCGGUCACUCGCAGGAGAAUCCCAUCUACCUCUGGUGCUCCGGCAACACCAACUACACCGCCGGCAGCGAGUACAAAGCGAACCUCGACCUCCUCCUCGGCAACCUCAGCGCAGUUCCCGCCAGCGCCGGCCGGGGCCACUUUCGCAAUGCCUCCAUCGCCGACUGGACCAACCCCAAUGCUGUCUACGGCCUGGUCCAGUGCCGCGGGGACGUCCUCGCCGCCGACUGCGCCUCAUGUCUCAACCGUUCGGCCUCGGCGGCGGUCCUCCGGUGCCCUCUCCGUCGGCGCGCCGCCGUUCGCUUCGACUACUGCCUCCUCCGCUUCUCCGACCAGAAAUUCUUUGGAAACAUGGACGAUACAGAAAGGAGCUCCCUGGUGAACUCCAACGGUGCGCCCGACCCGCUGGCGUUCGACCACCGGCUGAUGGAUCUCAUGGUGGAGAUAUCCUCUCAGGCGGCAGCUGCGAGUUCCAAGUUCGCCGUGGGGAUCAACAAUUCCGAUUCCUCAGUUAUCUACGGAUUAGUCCAGUGCACUCAGGACCUGUCAGAAUCCGAGUGCAGCCAGUGUCUUCAGGGUCAGAUCAGCAUCCUGCCCAGGGGGGAGAUCGGGGCUCAGAUCCACGUUGCGAGCUGCUCGGUGAGGUUUGAAACCAGCAUUUUCUUCGCGACUUUGGCCAUCUCUCCGCCCCCGCCGCCGCAGAAUCGGAGCCUUCCGUCCCCCCCCCCACCUCUGCCUGCGAACAACGGCGGCAACGGAACUGACGUGAGCUCGGGUGGCAAAGGUAAAUCGCGAAUUAACGCACUCCUUUUCAAUUUGAUUGUCCGGCGGUCCUUCGGUCGUCAGUUCAUCUGGUCCCUUCAGGUCAAGAUCAGUACUUUAAUCAUCUAUUACUCGCGUUCAGAAACAAGGCCGCGUGUUAAUUCUUAUCGCUUUCACCACAUCUUUGAACAAUUGUCAUAUUUAUUCUAUUUCGGAAAAUAUGUGUGGCUCAUCUAGCUCCUAGCAGUUCUUGACCAAGCAUGCAGUAUACCGAAGCUUAUAAUCCGUUAAGUCGCCUAUACGUACAGAUUAUAUGCGUUCCUCUUUAAUCUGACCAAUCCUCCACGUUUGACUUCUUGCUUCUUCUGGGAAAGUAUAAACAAUCAUCAUUAGUUAGAACCACCGUUGACUGAGUCCCCUCGAAAUGAAAUUCUAAAUUCAUAUUAUUCUAUUUCAGAAAAUAUGCUUGCUCUUAUCCAGCUCCUAGCAGUUUUUGAAAAAGCAUGUGCCAUACAGAAGUCAAUAAUCAACAUUCUUCUAUAUCGGUAAAUCUUCUUUUUAUUCAGGUCAACCAUUUUUUUGACCAUGCAGGUGAAAAAUAGCAUGAUAUGCAAUAAAGUAGUUGACAAUGAUGCAAUAAAGAAGUCAGCUUUAGGAAUCGAUUUAGGGUCUCCAUAAAAUACUAAAUGAAGAAACCAAAAUAAACUCCAUAGAUAAGAACAUACUUUGAGCCAUACCCAUCUUCUGACUUCUGCUCAAUGACAGUUAUUUAUUGCUGGAGAAGCUCCAAUGUUUUUCUAACACGAUGAUGAUGAUUACGAUGAUUUCAUAUGCAUUUUUAUUUAGUUACGAUUAAUAUAUUUUUAUUUUCAUCGGUAGAACCUUCGUUAUAUAAUUUAUCUCGUGGGUCUUUUCUAUAUGGGACAGAAAACACUAGCAGAUCGUGGAGAAUCAUCCUGAUCAUCGUGAUCCUAUUAUUGGUUGCUGUGAUAGUUCUCCUCCUUAUCCUGCUGAUUCAUUUCAGAAGAAGGAUUCCAAAAGGGUUGCCACUUAGUGAGUCUUCCACGAUAUGAAAUGUCAAUAAUAUCCAUAAAAAAAUAUUCGAUAUUUUUCUAAAUAGUUCUGAUUUCUCUCCUCAGAUCUUGUCAAAGAUCAGGAGGUUAUAACAGCAGAAUCUCUACUUUUUGACUUUCGAACGCUUAAAAUUGCCACCAGAAACUUCUCUGAAGCUAAUAAGCUUGGAGAAGGCGGAUUUGGUCCAGUUUACAAGGUAAUAUUUCACUAGUGUGAGAAAUACAUCAUAUUUUCAAUAUUUAUUUUAAAUAUUCCACUAAUGCAAAGUUCUUGAUUCUACACAGGGACUUUUACCAGAUGGGCAACAAAUAGCGGUGAAAAGACUAUCUAAACGUUCCGGGCAGGGCUUGGCUGAACUGAGAAACGAGGUCGUCUUGGUCGCCAAGCUUCAGCACAGGAAUCUUGUCAGGCUGUUAGGAUUUUGCUUGGAAGAGGAGGAGAAGAUGGUGAUCUAUGAGUACUUGCCUAAUAGAAGCCUCGACAAUUUCCUAUUUGGUACUUAGGCCUCCUAAACUUCCUCUUUCAUGAUUUAUUUUCUAUUUAAUCACAUUAUUAAAUAGGAAAAUAUGAAUAUUAUUUUCUGUCGUAGUUUCUUGCAAGUCCUGACCCCUGCUCCAUUGCACGUUCUAUUUCAUCUAAUAUGGGCUUUGUAUCCUUUGCCAACUUGAACUAGAUAGACAUGGGCUUUUUUCAAAGUGAUCUACCCACAUCUGAUGAUCCUAAUCACGUUUUCUACAUGUUCAUGGUAGAUCCUAUCAAGCGCCACGUUCUAGACUGGGAGAGGAGAUACAAGCUUAUAGAAGGAAUUGCUAGAGGGCUUGUCUAUCUUCACGAAGACUCGAGGCUGAGAGUCAUUCAUCGAGACCUAAAGGCCAGCAAUGUGUUGCUAGAUGAGAACAUGAACCCAAAGAUCUCUGACUUUGGCCUCGCCAAGCUCUUCGGCAUGGAUGAGACCCAUCGGAACACUAGUCGGAUCGCAGGCACUCAGUAUAUCUCUCCUGCGCUGAAUCUCUACUAGCCAGUUUAUUGGGGUUAUCAUAUUGUUCUUCAGUAUGAUUUCAAAAAUUAUACUAAUUUUCCAAUUCUGCAUGCAGCGGCUACAUGGCACCAGAGUAUGUGAUACGCGGUCACUUCUCACCAAAGUUGGAUGUGUUUAGCUUUGGCAUUCUAACUCUUGAGAUAGUAACGGGUCAAAGGAACAACAUUGUGUCAUGUGAUUCGGAAAAUCCAAUUGAUCUUGUGAGCUAUGUAAGUAUUUCCUCAAAUGGAUCAUAUUAACUAAGAUGUUUCCAUGAAUGUGAUGACUAAGAUAGAAGCAUUUAGAUAGAAGCAUGAAUAUGGAUAAAUAUCAAAGAUUUCAUGUUAUAUACUGGCAGGUAUGGCAUCAUUGGAAUGAGGGGACAACUCUAGAAGUGGUGGAUCAAAGCAUAGCUGACCAAUGUCCGAGGCAUGAAGUCAUACGAUGCAUCCACAUGGGCUUGUUGUGCAUCCAAAGCGACCCAUCAGACAGGCCAAAUAUGUCUGAGGUGGCCCUCAUGCUUAGCAGCUUCUCUGUGACUCUUCUUGCUCCGUCAAAGCCUGCAUUCGUUCUAAAUUCAAGCAUGAGGAGCCAAUCGGAGGAAUCCAGAAUAGACACAGAUUAUCAAUCUUCAGAGCGACAUAAUUCUAAUCAAAGCAUAUAUCGGCCAAGCGGUCAAUCUAUCAAUGAAGUUACAUUUUCCGGAGUAGAACCAAGAUAG